CACCAACACAAUACCAUCAUCCUUCCUCUCACUCCUCUCUCUCACACAGAGACACAUCACUCUCUCUCUAUCUCUCUCUCUCUCUCUCAUCUCCGUCUCUGUCAGAAGGGGAGGCCAAGAAAGAAGUGGAGGAGGGGGAAAGAGGGGCAAUGGAGCUGGACGAGCAGGCGUUCUUGGAGGAGCUCUUCUCGCUGAGGAGGGACGCCACGGCCGCGUGGGAGUGCAAUGCCAUGGGGGACUUCUUCUCCCCGGCCUGCGGCGCCGGCGCCGCAGGCAUGGACUGCUUCCAGGAGCGGCACCAGCCCACCGUCAGCGUGCUGCCCACCUUCACGGCCUCGUUCGAGCAGCCGCACCCGCAGCAGCAUCAGCAUCACCAGCACGCGGCGGUGGCUUCUGGGGGGUUCGACUGCCUCAGCGAGGUCUACGGCGGCGGCCCCUUCCCCAAUGCCGUCGGCGGCGGGUACGGCGAGAUGGGGUUUCUCGCCGCGAUGGACCCCAAGGCGGCGGCGGAUGGGGGCGGCCUCGGCGCCUGCAAGGUGGAGCCCGGGCUGGCGGCCGUGGACGGCGGCGCGUUCGGGUCGGGUCAGAUGGCGGCGUUGGCCCCGGCGCCGGCGUCGAGGAAGAAGCGGGUGGAGGGCAUGCCGUCCAAGAACCUGAUGGCGGAGCGCCGGCGCCGCAAGCGGCUCAACGACCGCCUCUCCAUGCUCCGCUCCGUCGUGCCCAAGAUCAGCAAGAUGGACAGGACGUCGAUCCUGGGGGACACCAUCGACUACAUGAAGGAGCUGCUGGAGAGGAUCCGGCGGCUGCAGGAGGAGAUGGAGGAGGCGCAUCCCGGGCAACCGGCGGCGGCGGCGCCGCUGCUGAGCGUGUUCCGGGAGCUCAACCCCAACGAGAUGCUCGCCAGGAACACCCCCAAGUUCGAGGUGGAGCGCAAGGAGGAGGACACCCGGGUGGAGAUCUACUGCGCCGCCAAGCCGGGGCUGCUGCUGUCCACGGUGAGCACCCUCGACACGCUCGGCCUCGACAUCCAGCAGUGCGUCGUCAGCUGCUUCAACGACUUCGCCAUGCACGCCUCCUGCUCCGAGAUGCAGAGGGAGAUGAUCAGCGCGGACGCCAUCAAGCAGGAGCUGUUCAAGAACGCCGGCUACGGAGGCGGCUGCUUGUAGAUCGACGAGGAAGCAGCACCACCACCAUCACCAUGACCAUGAGUCCAUGACCACCACCAGCAGCAGCAGGAGGAAGGAUAAUAAAGUAGUAGAAGUAGCUGUAGAAGUCAGUAGAAUUAGCACUUAGCACUAGUACCAGCAGUAGCGAAAAAGGCCGGGGCAAGAUUCGGGGUGGGGGAGAACCCUUUUUCGCAGAUGAUAACCAUGUCGCCGUGAUCAAAAUUCUCUCCUGUUAGCAACAAAGAUCGGCGGGCACCUUUCCAAUGAA